AUGGCAACGAUUUCAUUGGUGCCUCCUCUAAAAUUGCCACCACUGUGCUUGAGAAAAGGACAACAAGCCUCGGGAGACGAUAUGGACUACAGACUAGGAAGAAAUAUCGGGGCUUUGAUAGACGAGACUUUGGGAGUGCUGGAAAAACAUGGAGGAGAGGACGCGUUUAUUAAUAUCAAGUAUAUGGUCCCGACGUAUGAAUCUCAAGUGUUGAACUGA